UCGGUCCGGUCCGGUCCGUGGCGGCCCAAUGGGAGGCGGGGAGCGGCUGGCAGCGCCCCGCCCCGACACACCCCUUCCCCGGGGCCCGGGAGCAUCUUAAUGAGCAUCGAGCCCGGCCUGGCCUUGGCCCGGUGCGCCCGAGCCCUGCGUCCUGGGCGUUGGGUGUCCUGCACCGUGCACUGUGCACCAGGGGACCCCGACCCUGCGCCUCAUAGCCUCAGUUCUGAGCCCUGUCCCACGCGCUCUGGGCCCUGUGUUAGUUACCGAGGUGCUGGAGCAUUGGGCUUGCACUGUCCGCUAGGAGCCAUUCCCUGAGCGUCAUGCCCCCUCAGCUCUGAGCCCUGCCCUGUGUACCAGACGUGCUCAUGUAGGAAUCCAGCUCUGCGUACUCUGGUUCGUGCCCCAUCCACCCUCCGCUCUGAGCCAGGCGCCCCGGGUCCCGGAUUGCGCACCCUUGUUCUCUUACAUGUACCACAUCAGGGCAACUUGCGUGGUUGGCUAAUGCACAGGUUGGACACCAUUUAACCCCCCCCUUAACGUGCAGCAAGAUAUUAAGAGGAUGGCUGCAGGGGGUUGUAGGCCUAGCAGCAGAAGGGUCUCGGCUGUGUUGGAUCCCAGCUCUAUGUCCACUUCUUCUCGCAGAGCGAGCCAUGGCUGGAAGAGGAGGCAGAGGGAGGGGUCGGAGCCAGAUGACCUUCAACGUGGAAGCUGUGGGCAUUGGGAAAGGCGACUCGCUGCCCCCAUCCACCCUCCAGCCCUCACCGCUCUUCCCUCCCAUGGAGUACAAGGCAGUCCCUCUGCAGACGGGUGAGGAGGUGGAAUACAUGCUGGCACUGAAGCAAGAGCUGAGGGGAGCCAUGAAGAAUCUGCCAUAUUAUGUCAAGCCGGCCGCCCCCAAGAAAGAUGUUGAGCGCUACUCAGAUAAAUAUCAGAUGUCCGGCCCCAUUGAUAAUGCUAUUGAUUGGAACCCAGAUUGGCGGCGUUUACCGCGGGAGCUAAAGAUCCGAGUUCGAAAGCUCCGGAAGGAGAGAACCACCAUUCUGAUCCCCAAGCACAAACAGCGGCUCCCGGUGGACAAGGAGGAAGCCAUUAAGAAACUGGAGACCCUUGAGAAGAAGGAGGAGGAAGUGACGUCGGAGGAAGAAGGGGAGAAAGAGGAGGAGGAGGAGGGCAAGGAAGAGGAGGAAGAGGAGUAUGACGAGGAGGAACACGAAGAGGAGACGGAUUACAUCAUGUCCUACUUCGACAACGGGGAGGAGUUUGGGGCCGACAGUGAUGACAACAUGGACGAGGCGAUAUACUGAGGGGAGCCGGGUUGCACGGAUACCAGACUGGCGCGGACGGUGCUCGGACGCCUGGGGCCGCGGAACCCAGCCGUCUGCCCGCAGCAGGGACGGGUGUGCCACGUGGGUGAUGGCCGAUCCCUCAGGGAAGGGGGCGGCCGUGUCCGGGCUCGCUGGGGACACCCCCAUCCUUCCUCCAGCUCGGUCACCAUUUCUGUCGCCGCAGCGGGAGGCUUGGAUUCAGAUCAGCCGCUGAGGCGUGGCCCUUUGCUUCCUGCCUGGCCUCCACCCCUCUUCGAGUGGGCCAGAUGGGGGUGCUUAUGGGUUCUCAGCUUGGAACCCUCCAGAGGAAGAUCUCUCGCUUCACCCCUAGGUGGUGCUCUUGAUUCAUUUUCCCAGCAGCUGCUUCUUGGAGGCGGAUGGAAAAUUCUGCCGGGAUGGAUAGAGAAUUGAACCACAGCUGACAUAACCAGCAUGACCGAGUGACAGAUAUCCUCUGCCUUCGGACACCCCACUCACCCACCCCCAGCUACCCCAGGGGGUCCCGCCUAGCUCAGCUGUGGGAGAAACUGACCAGAACACCAUCCUGGGACUGUAAUGUCCUGUGUUAAUCAGCAUCUGCCCCGGAAGAGGAGGUGAAACCAGCAUUGAAACCCAGCAGGGAGUGGUGAGCGGCUCUCACCUCCACCUCCCCGUCGUCCAGUCCGCUUCACUCCCACUUGCCUCCCCCUGCGACCUGGAACUGAACUCCGGUCCAGCUGUUUGAUCUGGGCUCACGGAGUGGGGGGGGCGUCUAUUUCCGGGUUAGUCCAGGGUUUUAAUAGGAAACCUCAUUGCACCACAGGCGCGUAGGGCUACAAGGGGGAACAUGAAUGGGACUGUUCUGCAGACCCACGUCCCUUCCCAGUCCUGGGCCUGAUUCUCCAGGGCCUGAUCCCUCGUGCAGCCAGCCGCUUUGCACCACUGUGAACGGCCUGGUGGGGUGCGAAGUGGGAGGUUGCACCAGCGUUUUGCACGGGGGUAAACAACCACACCAGAUGCAGGGCCACGAAGAAUCGGGUCUUUGGGGGGGUGGGGUUCACAGAGGAUUUUAAUCCCAUUUCAGACCCUGGACAGUCACCUGCUUUCCUGCCUCCCCUCGCCCCAAGGAGUCACCGGCUGACUUUGAGGGAUCCCGCCCCAAUCCUGGAGGUGCCCUAUAGAGGUUCCCCAUGUGGGGCUGGUGCCUUGACAUGCUCUUGAGGCUUGUCUCAGAAUGGGGUCCAUCCUGCUUCACAUCAGCCUGGCAGUGACUUGUAUCUCCCCAGUCUGCAAAGUUUUAAUAAAUGAGGGUGUUUUUACUGUCCCUUUAAAAUAUUUUAGAGCGGGUGGGUUAAUAAAGGAGUGAGCGUCUCCCUCCCCCACGAUGAUUUUAUGCUGCUUGGUGGUUGUAAUGUACUUUCCCCCGCCACAUCCUGCCUAGCUUAUAACCCCCAGGCCCUGCAGCCCCUCCCUUCCGGAACUGAGCCAGGCUGCAGGGGCGGGGUGUUUGGGGGAGGGGCAACUCCUUGGUUUGACCCCCUGUUGAAAGAAACUGGUGAGUGCCCCCAAAAUGUAUUUGGAUGAGUUUUAAAGAAAGAUUCUGCACACAGAAUUGUCUGUGUGUGUGGUGUUUGUAUACGGGGUGUUUGUGCAUGUGUUGUGUUUUGUUGUGGCCUUCUCACGUGUGUGAAUUUGUUGUGUUUGUGUGUUGUGUGCUGCUUGUGCGUUUCUGCAUGUGGCGCUUUUGCACGUUUGUAAGGGUGGGUGUUUGUCUGUUGGGGGCGGGAGCUGUGAUGUGUAUGUCUGCGUAAAUUGUAUGUUGUGUGUUCCAUGGGUUUGUGUCUCUGGUAUGUGUGUGGGACGGGGGAUGUGCAUGGGUGUACGUGUGUCGUGCAUAUGUGGCAUGGGGGAUGUGUGUGGAUGUGGAUAUGUGUGUGAGUAGGCAUGGGGGAUGUGCAUGGAUGUGUUUGGUGUGUGCGUGUCUCUGGUGUGUGGCACGGGGGAUGUGCAUGGGUAUGUGUGUGUGGUAUGGGGGAUGGGUGUGUAUGCGUGUGGUGCGUGGCACACGGGAUGUGCAUGUGGGCACGGGGGAUGUGCAUGGGUGUGUGUGUGGUACGGGGAUGGGUGUGUAUGUGUAUGCGUGUGGUGCGUGUGGCAUGCGGGAUGUGCAUGUGUGCACGGGGGAUGUGCAUGGGUGUGUGUGUGUAUGGUGUGUGCGUGUCCGUGGUGUGUGUGUGUGGCGCGGGGAUAUGUGUGGGUGAGUAUGGUAUGUGUGUGUCCAUGGUGCGUGUGUGGCAUGGGGGAUGUGCGUUUGUGUGUAUGGUAUGUGCAUGGCUCUGGUGCGUGUGUGGCACGGGGAUGUGCAUGGGUGUGUAUGGUGUGUGCGUGUGUCUCUGGUGCAUGUGUGGCACGGGGAUGUGCGUGGGUGAGUGUGGUGUGUGCGUGGGUGUGUAUGGUGCGUGGGCAUUCCAGUUUUAGACUGAAUCCCGGCAGACCAGCCAUUGUUCACCCUCGUUCCCUUCACUGCCCUCCCAGAUGACACUCCCUGUGCAUCUGAUUCCGCAGGGUGGGCUGGUGGUUUUCGGAUAGUCAUUCCUGAAGGACCCUGUAGCCCAUGGUCAAUGCCUCAAACACUGAAGUCCUCGCCAGGGAGCAUAUUAGCUGCUCCCCACCACACCUGCAGCACUCCUGCAAGUGGGCCAGAGAAACUGGUUUUAUUGGGAGCUUGGGGGCUGGGAUCAGGCAGCGGGAGGCGCCCAAAGCCCUGAGAUCCAAAUUCUCCUUUUGGAGCCAUCAAUGCAAGUCCAUGGAGUUGAAGCGAGCAGAAUUUGGAUCCCAGGGUUAAUUGGAGGGAAAGGGAUGGGUUUGGAACGGAAAUGACAUACAACGAAUGUACCUAGAUUGGAAGCUCUUUGGGGCAGGGCCUAUCUCUUUGUUCUGUGUUUGUCCAGCACCUGGCGCCAUGGGGACCUGAUCCAUGACUCCAGGGCUUGUAGGCACUAUGCAGUACAGAUAGUAGAAAUAACAGGGCCUGAUUCCGAGCUUACUUAUUCCGGCGUAAAUCAGGAGUCAGUGAAGCCACAUAUAGGUGUCAAUCCGGUGUGAGAUCAGAAUCUAAAUCUUGAAGAAAACAGAGUCACACAAGAGACUAAACUCUCGCCAAGUGUGAGCUGAAGCCCUGAAAUCAACUGAAAGGUUACCACUGAUUUCACUGGGCUUCAGAUCGGGCCCCGGAACAGCAGAGCAGCCAGAGAUAGGAGGAAAUCAUUUGGAUUCCUCUCUGUGAAGCUGUCGUUGAGAAAUUCGAAAGCAGGGCUGUGUCAGAGAGAGAGAGAGAGAGAGAAAGUGUGUGUGUGCGUCUGUGUGUGUGUGUGUGUGUGUGUGUGUGUGUGUGUGUGUGUGUGUGUGUUUUUAAAGAAGCAGCCUUUGUUGUCCGUACUCGGCCGCUAGGUGGCAUCAAAGUUUGGUCGACUUGUUGCAGCUUUUUAACCUUGUCUCUUUUUAAACACGUUGGUUGGAAUAAAAGGAUUUGUCUGUUGCUA